CAGAGCCUCACACAACAAUGGAGAACACAGCCUUCCAGGAGCCCUACCCCAGCAAACCAAUGGACCAACCUCCUGCAUACAGCCCUGGACCUCCAGUCAUGCAGCCCCCUCCAUACCCUGCUUAUUACCCACCGGGGCCAGAUCACGGUGUCCAACAGACCCUCAUCAGCCAACCAACCUUAACCAGAGUGGUGGUGGUGAAUGGGCAGACGACAUCAACCGAUGGCCACUACGAAGAUUACCUCUGUUGGUCCAUCUCAAACUUUCUAUUUUGUUUUUGGCCCCUUGGAUUUGCUGCCAUUAUUUUUUCUUGCAAGACAGCAAGCGACAUUGAGGCUUACAAUUUUGACGCCGCAGCCAAACAUUCCCGCAUUGCCUUCAAACUGAAUACGUUGUCUCUCAUCAUUGGAAUCAUUGGAAUUAUAUUCAUUUCUUACUAUAUGAUCGUAAGGUCUCACAAGUGACAGACCCGCCCUCGCUCAGCACCCCUGUCCUAUGUUAUUGCAACUGCUUUUUCAAUAAGACAAUUUGUACAAAAUUAAAUGUCUUUCAUUUCUGUGCAGUGUUCCUGCUCCUCCUCAUCUAGGAAUAGUCUUCUGAAGGUAAUGCCUGUUCUUAUAGAUAGGACAUGAGCUUUAGGGCUCAUUCAGACGGCCGUAUGUUACUUUCCGAAUCCUGAUCUGCGGAUUAGACCCAUUCACUUCUAUGGGGUCCCAAAAUAUGUGGUCAGCACAUUGCAUACUGUCCAAAUUUUUUCUCCUAUUCUACUCCCCCGCAAAACAAAUAAAACAUGUCUUAUACCUGUCAGUGAGAAUCAGGAUAUGGCCCCAUUGAAGUCUAUGGGUCCGCAAAAAUGCAGAACACAAUCCAUUUUUUAGCGAACAUGUUGAACUGUCCACAAAAAAAUACGGAUCGGCAUUUUUGGGGACAGCAAAAAACAUACGGACAUCUGAAUGAACCCUUACUGAUACAAUGUAAGUUUUAAUUAGGACAUGAGUGAAAAAUUAUAUACAGUGAGCUUU